CCAAAGAUUGGAUACAUGGAUUUCGUAAAUAGAAAGGGAUGGAAAUCGACAACAAUUACUUGUUUAGAGACGUCAGCAUUAAAUUUCCGGGAAGUGUUCACGACGCAACGGUCUUUAAAGAGUCAGGAAUUUUCGAGAACCAUAUCCUAAAUAUUCCGGAAUUUAUAAAACUGGUGGACAACAAAGAAAUUCCCUUUAUUAUCCAAGGAGAUCCUGCAUACCCUUUGCUACCGUGGCUUCUGAAACCGUACACUGGACACCUAACACCACAGGAACUGCUACCUUAGAUAGGGCAGAAUUGUGGUGGAGAAUGCCUUUGGUAGACUUAAAGGACGCUGGAGGUGCCUGGCCAAAAGAAUAUAUGUAAGUUUUGUUUUAAUGUAUUUAAGCUUUAAUUGGAGUUAAAGAAUUCACGCAUGAAUCUCUGGGUCUCGGACCGAUCCUCCGCCAGAACUUCGCGCAUGCUCUGCACAAAGGAGGCAUCUAUUUCGCGUUGAGCCUCCAGAAACUCCUGGUUCUGCACCUCCAGCCUGUCCAAGGCCUCCUUGUUGUCGUCUGACAUCUUCUGAAUCAUCUGCACGACG